AUGGCCGACCAGACUCAGGAAAUCCCUGAGCGGCCCAAGGGCGAAGGCGAGGGAGAGAAGAAGGGUCCAUCCAAGAACGAGCUCAAGAAAUUGGCCAAAGAGAAGGAAAAGGCAGAGAAAGCAGCCAAGCGUGCUGCUGAAGAGGAGGCGCGCAAGAAAGAGCAGGAGGCCAAUGAUGUGAGCAAGGACGACUACGGACAACUCCCGCUCGUGAGGAAGCCUUCGGGUGUCAAGCACGAGAAGCUGGUGGACCUGGCAAAGAAGUACGAGAACGAGACAUUCGAGAAUGGGCCUGAGGUUGUCUUCAGAGCAACGGUGGAGAAUGCGCGGAAUCAGAGUGCGAAGCUCUCGUUUUUGGUGUUCAGCCAGCAGUCCAACACCAUCCAGGCAGUGGUGGCCGCAAGCGACACCCUCAGCCGGCAGAUGGUCAAGUUUGCGGGCAGCAUUCCCACUGAGAGCGAAGUGGUGGUACACGGUGUGUUGAACAAGCCUCGCGAGCCUGUCAAGAGCACCACCAUUCAGAACCUCGAAAUCCACGUCACCAAGCUGUACACACUUUGCAGAGCUGAGUCACAGCUGCCGCUGCAAGUCGCUGAUGCUGAGGGCCGCAUCCCAGCUGAGGGCGAGGAGAAUGCAGUGAGAGAUGACGGCAAGCCUAUUGUGGCUCUCAACACACGACUCAACAACCGCACCAUCGAUCUGAAGGCCAACCUCAACCACGCCAUCUUCAGCAUCAAGUUCGGCGUACAGCAGCUCUUUACUGAAUUCCUCCUUGAACGAGGCUUCAUCGGCAUCAACACUCCACGAUUGCUCGGUGCACCGUCAGAAGGUGGUUCCAGUGUGUUUGAGGUCAAGUACUUCGAUCAAAAGGCGUACCUUGCGCAAUCACCUCAGCUCUACAAGCAGAUGAUGAUCGCUGCACGUUUCGAGCGUGUGAUGGAGAUCGGUCCAAUCUUCCGUGCUGAGAACAGCAACACUGCCCGUCAUCUUACUGAGUUCACUGGUCUCGAUAUGGAAAUGGCAUUCGAGGAAGACUAUCACGAGGUCGUCACCAUGCUCGAGGAACUCAUGCUUCACAUCUUCAACGGCCUCAGGACACGCUACAAGAAGGAAACCGACUACGUCCGCACUGUGUAUCAAGUGGAAGAGUUCAAGCUGCCCGAAGCUGGCAAAGUACCACGUCUCCACUUUGCCGAAGGUAUCAAGAUGCUCCGCGACGCUGGCGAGGAGAUUGGCGACUUCGACGACUUGAGCACACCUCAAGAGAAGAGACUUGGCGCGCUUGUGCUUGAGAAGUACGGCUCUGACUUCUAUGUCCUGGACAACUACCCACUUGCCAUCCGACCAUUCUACACCAUGCCCUCGGCAGAGACUCAGGAGAAGUACAACGCCUCAGAACCCAAUGCUGGAUACUCCAACUCGUACGAUUUCUUCAUGCGUGGUCAGGAGAUCAUGUCUGGAGCGCAGCGUAUCCAUGAUGCGACACACCUGGAGAAGCGCAUGAAGGAGCACGUUACGCCAGUCGACCCCAAGAGCGACGGAUUGCGCGACUACGUCAAUGCUUUCAGGUAUGGAUGUCCCCCACACGCGGGUGGUGGCAUCGGACUGGAGCGUAUUGUCAUGCUGUGGCUAGGACUGCCAAAUGUGCGGUUAGCCAGUCUGUUCCCCCGCGACCCAGGACGAUUAAUUCCUUAG